AGGGGAGCAGUUACUGAGCCACCCCCGUCAGGAUACCCGGGUCAUAUUUUAAGAGGUGAUAUAAUCAAAACUUCGGGCGAUUACAUUUUAGGGUGGAAGUCUCGGUGACGUUUCACUUAUUCGUUUUCUCUUACCACCUCUCAGUUUUCUGAAAAGUGACGUGCUCCACACGCGCGACAAUGGAGACGCCAGAAUUUUUCCCACCUCCUGAAAACUUGACGGCGGCUGUCGUGCACCCGUUAUGCGAAGAAUGGAAGGGGGGAUCCGAGGGUGCCAUCUUCCACCUCGCCAGUAUCUUCCUUGUUUUGGGGUUCAUGGGAGGGAGCGGGUUCUAUGGGCUCCUCUACUUGUUUACCUUUCUGACGCUCGGUUUCUUCUGCACAACCAUUUGGUCAUGGUCGGAUCCGUGCACCACCGACACCUUUUUGUGGAAUUUCGCUCUCUUUGGGGUAUGUGCGGUUCAAGUUGUGCACGUCGGCUACCGACUGAGGAACGUUACUUUCGAAAAGGAGUUUCAAGAUCUGUACAGCUACCUGUUCAAAAAUCUGGGGGUGUCGCUCACCCACUUCGGCAAGAUAGUCGCCUGUUGUGAAGGGGACAUCCACACUAUAGAGAAAGACCACUGUUUUGCCAUAGAGGGCAAGACUGCUAUUGAUAAGCUGUCCGUUCUUCUGUCCGGCAGAAUUCGUGUGACAGUAAAUGGAGAGUUUUUACAUGACAUAUACCCUUUCCAGUUUCUCGAUUCACCUGAAUGGGACUCUCUCCGGCCGUCAGAGGAGGGAGUUUUCCAGGUGACCCUGCGUGCAGAUAAUUGCUGUAGGUACGUUUCUUGGAGACGUAAGAAACUGUACCUACUCUUCGCCAAGCACCGCUACAUCGCCAAGGUCUUUGCGCUCGUGGUGCGGAAUGACAUCGCGGACAAGCUGUACUCCCUCAACGACCAGGCGUUCGACAGCCGCGGGUUCCGAUAUGAUCUCCGGUUACCCACCUACUGCCACGUGUCCCCGUUGCCAGAAUUAGACCGGACAGAUGGGUUCCUACGAGUCCCAGCGCAAUAUGACCAUGGCCACCGUGGCCGUGUCCCUAUAACUAUAACAGCAGCCGAAGAGACUCACUAAUGACUGGAACGGAACAUUUAAAUGUUUGUUUUUCAUUAAUGGAUGUUGUUUUUGUCUGUUUGUUAUCCUCAAGUGCUUAGGCUAUGGAUCUGGCAUAAGCUAUGUAGUUUACGCAUCAACAUAGAAUACAUUGUAGCACAUCAAGUAACCAUCCACUUGGUUUGCCAGACAUCAAGCAAUAGGCGCGCGCGCGUGUGUGUGUGUGUGUGUGUGUGUGUGUGUGUGGGGG